UCCAUAGCGACCAAAGUAUCCUUCUCGACGCGGACGGACCUUUACCACGUUUUCAACGAAACUGCACUUAUAAACAGCAAGUAUCUGCAUUUACGACAGUAACAGCAACUUUGAGGCAACUUGUUUUGGCGGUAAAUAAACGUAAAUACACGUAGAAGCUAAAUGCCGACGGUUUAAAAUGGAUGCCAAAGAGACGUUUGACACAUUCAUGCGCGAGCUAAACAUUCAAGUCAUCGCCGAUAAUGACGAGCAGGACCUGGAUGCUGAUGAUGACGAUGCUGAUGCUGAUGAUGGUGACGAUGACGAUGAUGACGACAAUGAUGUUCCAAGUUCUCUGCUGCGCUACUUUGAAACCUCAAGGAGCAGAGCGGCAGCUUGUGAGAGCCUCCUGCAGGAGCUCGAAGACAGACCUCCAAAAGACGAGCAGAACAAGGCUCCCGCUGCCAGCCGCCUCCCUGCUGCGCCCACGGACACAGAAGACCUUUUCACUCACGUGUCAGUGUGUCCCAACAAUGAAGAGGAUCAUUUGGUGUGUGAAGAGCGACGGAAACGACACCGCCACGAGAUGAAGGAGGAGGAGGAGGGGGAGGAGCUAAAGAGACGAGUAGAGAGAGACUUCCAGACGGAGCUGAAGAAGAUGAUGGAGGCGGAGAAGCUCCAUCAGAGGGAGGUGGAGCUGAUGGGGAAAAGAGCUCAGGAAACACUGGACCAGGAGUGGCUGCUGCAGCAGGAUCUGUUGAGAGAUUUAAAGAGACGAGUGGAGGAGGAGAAGAGGAAGAGGGAAGAGGAGGAGGAGAGGAGGGAAGAGAAGAAGGAGAAGAGGAGGAAAGAGGAGGAGAAGAGGAAGUGGGAAGAGGAGAAGGAGAAGAGGAGGAAGGAGGAGGAGAAGAGGACGAGGGUAGAGGAGGAGAAGAAGAGGGCGAGGGUAGAGGAGCAGAAGAGGAUGAAGGAGGAGGAGGAGAAGAGGACGAGGGAAGAGGAGGAGAAGAGGAUGAAGGAGGAGGAAGAGAAGAGGACGAGGGAAGAGGAGAACAUCAAGAUGGAGGUGGAGAGGAAAGGAAUGGAGGAAGAGAUGAGGAAGAAAGAGGGAGAGAGGAGAAUAGAGGAGAUUAAACUUAAAAAAGAGGAGGAGCAAAAGAGGAGAGUAAAGAGGGAGGAGAAGAGAGAAGAAAAAAACAAGAUAGAGAUGGAAAAGAGAAAGCAGGAGGAAGAGAUGAGAACGAUGAAAGAGGAAGAAGAGAGGGAGAAGAAGGAAGAGGAGGAGAAGAGGACAAGGGAAAAGGAAAGACAAAAGAUAGAAGAAGGAGAGGCAAAGAAGACGGAGGAGGAGGAGAGAAAAAAGAGGGAAGAGGAAACCAGGAAAAUAGAGGAAGAGGUCAUAAGUACUAGGGAGAUUGAGGAGAGGAAGAAACAGGAGGAGACAAGGAAGAAUAAGGAAAAGGAGGAGGUGAGAAAGAGGGAUGAAGAAGAACAGAGUCGUCUGUCAGAGUUGAGAAAGAACGAAGAGGAAGAUAGAAAAACUAAAGAAGAGACGAGACCCGUCGGGGAGGAGGAGAAGAGGAAAAGAGAUGAAAGGAAAACAGAAGAGGGUGAACAGAGGAGGAGGAGGAGGAGGGAAGAGUUAAGACAAGCAGAGGUAGAGGGUCUGAAGGAGGAAGAGGAGGAGGAGGAAGAGGAGGAGGGAAGAAAACAUAGGGAGGGAGCGAAGGAGCUGAAGGAGGAAGAGGAGGAGAGGGAAGAAGAGGGAAGAGGAGCUAGGACCAGGACUUCCCCCCACGAGGAGAAGAGGCUGGCCUGGGGGAGGAGCUGCGUCUCCUGGUCCAAACUCUCCCUCCAGAGCAGGAGCCAGCAGCGGGGGGGCGGGGGGGCGGCCCGGAGGGGGCCGGGGGGGCCCGGGGGUCUCCCCCCCCUCUGCCCGGACCACCUGCUGCGGUCCACGGGCUGCACAUCCCUGCAGGAGGUGACCUCCGUGACCCUGCGUGACCUCCCCGGCUGCGGCCUGUCCACCCUGGCCCGCUGCGCCGGCCUCCGGGCCCUCAGCCUCAGGCGCUGCGGCCUCCGGUCCCUGGAGGGCAUCGGCCGGCUGCCCCAGCUGAGCCACGUGGACCUGCAGGAUAACGACAUCUCAUUGGUCGACUGUGAGAACAUGAGCGGCCUGCGGGUUCUCCGCCUCGGCCACAACAAGCUGACGUCCGUCCACGGCUUGGCGGGCGCCGAACAUCUGGACGUCCUGGACCUGUCGCACAACUCCAUCACGCGCAUCGCUGGUCUGGAGUCCAUGAGGAGGCUGCAGAGGUUGUCGGUGGACCACAACCAGCUGAUCAGCACCAAAGGACUGGGGGCCGUGUGCACGCUGCUGCACCUGAGCUGCUCACACAACCACCUGGCGAGCGUGGAGGGCCUAGAGAACUGCCCCCUGCUCAGCACGCUGGACCUGAGGGCCAACGGCCUGGCCGAGCCCCCCAGUCUGAGGAACCAGGUCCUCCUCAGGGAGCUGCAUCUAGACGACAACAGCAUCUCGUCCCUGGCGGGCCUGGCGGGCUGCUGGCUGCCCCUCAUGCAGCAUCUCUCCGUGGCCCAGAACAGAAUCACCGAGCUGCCCCCCAUGGCGGACUGCGUGUCCCUCGCCAAUCUGGACCUCCGGUUCAACUGCCUGUCAGAGCUCCAGAGCGUGUGUGAGGGUCUGCAGGGCUGCGUCUCCCUGAGGGAGGUCCGGCUCACGGGGAACCCUCUGCAGCAGGAGGCGGGCUGGAGGUCCGCUCUGCAGAGGGCCGCUCCCGGCCUGAGGGCCAUCGAUGACCAGCAGACUGACUCCGCUCUAGCGCCCCCUGCUGUGGCGCCGGCCCCGGGCGGCUUCCCGGCGUUCUGCCGCGCUCAGCUCCAGCAGACUCUGGAUUUACAGCGGCGGCACGACAGCGAGCUCAGCGGCGCUCUGUCGGCGCUGGACGCCGCGACGACCUCCCGCCGCCACCUCGCCGAGGCCCUGCAGCUGGCCGUGGACCAGAGAGUCGCCCACGAGCGCGGAGACGCGGCGGCGGCGCAAGAACGUGGAGAAAGGGGCGUCGCCGCCGCCGAGCGCCCAGAAAUGGCGCCCGCUGGAACGGAUCCGCCGGUUCCUCGUGUUCGCUCCUCGGCAACAGAGACAAAAACAACCUCCUCCGGUCCUGAAGUGGACCCGGACCUCCAAAACGCGGCAGCAGCAGUCGUGAUUCAGCAGCUGUGGAGGAAAUAUAGACAGAAGUGUGGGAACAUCGGCAGCCUGUCGGCAGAUAAUGGAGAUGGAGGAGGAGGAGGAGGAGGAGGAGGAGGAGGGAGCGUGGUUGGCCAGGAUUAUGCAGCAACUGUCAUCCAGGCGUGGUGGAGGGGUUUCUCUCUGAGGAGGAGGUUGGCGUCGGCUCUGGCCGCCUCCUCGCGCCGCGACGCUGGAGAGGACGACGCCCUGGAGGAGCUGGACGUGGACGAGUUCGUCUGUGAUGAGGCGGCGCUGGAGGAACCCUGGACGGUGUCUGAGGACCCCCCUCCCUCUCUGAAGGUCAUCCUCCCACCGGCGCUCGCGUGGAGGCCGCAGCAGGCCCGGCUGCAGGUGGACUCCCCCGAGACCCCCAGCAGGACUCGUAGCGGAGGCCUCUCUCAGAGAUCAGAGAAGAUUCUGGAGGAAUGGGGCUUCACCGACAGACACACCGCCCUUCUGAUGCUCAAGAGGGCCCGGAAGAUGAUGCCAGCGGCGCAGAAGAAACGCCGGGAUCCCUCCGUCCGUCCCUCCUUGGGGUUCUGCAGUUAUCCGCUGUCUCCGGUGGAGCCACGAAGCCGACGGGCGCAACACAACAAGAGUGACGUGAGAUGUCACCUUCUGCACGUGGAGAGGGAGGAGCCAACGAAGAGGGAGGAGCUAGUGGAGUGGGAGGAGCCAUCGGAGUGGGAGGAGCCAGCAAAGAAGCGUGACCAAACUCAGCGGUGGCUGCAGACUCAGGCUGAGAGCGCGCAUUUCCUCCCGGAGAUCAGCGCAGACGUCCUGAGCGGAGGCCGAGUGCAGCUCGUGGCCGACCCGGCCUAUACAACCCGCCCCACCCUCCAGGCCGGCGGCCCCCGCCCCGACAGAGGACUCGCCCGUCGUCCUCUCAGAAACUCUCUCGGCUCCUCCGGCGGCGGCGGCGGCGAGGUCGCGUCUCCUCGGCGUGGCGCCUCCUCUCCGUCCAGGCGGGAGCGCCUCUCCCACCGGGACAACGCCGUCCGGCUGAGCGGCGGCUGGGGGGGGGGAAGACGAGGGACGAGGAGCUCAAGUAAAAACACGCCGGCCCCCGAGUCCCCGUGAAGAAUGCGGCGUGUUGAUGCUCGCCAGGCCGCCGAACAUCAAGAGCUCGUCUCCGGCUUCGUGCCUUUCGUUCCGCUGGAGACGAGACGCUCUUUAUUUGUAUCUCUAAUGCUGCUUCAUUGCCGGCAGCUGUGCUUUUUUUUUUUUUUUUUUUUUUUGCUCUGAAAGCUGGAGCGAAUCCGGAGCAACGGGACCCGAGAGCGGCCCGAACACCUCCGGGCGGCUCCAUUGUGUCGGUUUCGGCUCGAGUGUCGGCGCCGCGCGCUCGCCACGGGACGCGGGGGCGGGGCGGGAGACGAGGGCCGCCGGCUUUUCACGAAGCGACUUUGCCCGAAACUGAAAACGCGGUGGCGGAUUCCAUUCACUUUCCUUUUUUUUUUUUGCUGACUAAUGAAAAACGGGACAUUUUGGGCGUUGCGCAAUCAGUCACGCGGUUUGUGACAUUGACGGACGACUCGGCACUUUUUUAACCCCACGAUUGAAUAUUGUUGUUGCUAAUUUGCUUUUGCCGUCGUCUCUAAAACAGAACCGACGAUGUCGUCCGUAUUUAACAAAGUACUUAUUUCGCUCGCGUGGUUUCCGAACGCCGAGACUCGGUUUCAAGAUGGCGGCCCGUGACCCGACCUUUUAAUACCCGCGGAUUCCUUCUGGAUGCUGAUUUCCUCUCUCGACCGAGGGACUCGCUCUCUUACGGUUAAAGUUAAAUAAAAGCCUAAAAAGUGCUAAAUUCAUCUUCCCGCUCGCCAACCGCGGGCCUGAAACCCGGCGGCCGCCGACGGGCCGAGCAGCGCCGCUCGAUGCUCAGCUUGAGCUCCUUCUGAGGACCGGGGGGGGGGGGUCCUCAGGCCCGGGAGGAUUUCCUCGCCGCCUGGAAACAAUAACUUCAUGAUCGUCAAAACAAAUAGUGGAGAGCUGGAGAGAGAGAGAGAGAGAGUAAGAGAGAGAGGUAGAGAGAGAGGUAGAGAGAGAGAGAGAGAGGUAGAGAGAGAGAGA